UUAGGCUUAACUUGAAAUUACGUAUUAAUAAAAGUCCGGUAAGUGAAAUAAAGUUAUUUAGCAUUAGGGGAGGUUCGCCGGUUUUAAAGGCCGUCAAAGAUUUUGCGGAAACAAAAAUGGCGAGUUAUGAUGAUCACGGUAACAGCGGAAAACGGCACAGAAUGGAUAUAAUGGACGAUUAUCUUGCUAGUAUUGGUUUUCGAAGAAAACCUGUACCGAAAGAUGGUUCAUCUUUGUUUCGUGCAUUCUCUGAGCAGAUGUUUAAAACACAAGCCUAUCAUCUUUAUAUCCGGGAAUCUUGUGUUAGAUACAUGAAAAGGAACCAACAUAUAUUUGAAAAUUUUGUAGAUGAUUCAUUUGAUGAUUAUCUUGCACGAAUGAACAGUCCUAAAGAGUGGGCGGACCAGUUAGAAAUUAGUGCUUUGUCUAAAAUGUACAGUUGUGAUUUUCACAUCUAUGAGCAGCCUGGUCACCGUGCAAAGAAUGUCACUGAAAAUGAUUGUGAACAGGAAGUUUAUUUAUGUCAUUCAGGCCAGAAGCAUUAUGAUUGUGUCUAUCCCAAGUCCUACUUUGAAUCAUAUGGGAUUUGUCAGUCAAUUCUUACUUCCAUAAUAUUGGAACGUGUACUUGGAAUGAGCAAAACCACUUUGAAUAAAUGCGUUGACACAUUUCGUAUGCUCUCCGGCCCAAGUACUUCUAAUGACAAAUCAAAGGAAUAUGAAGAUAAAGAACCUCCUAUCUCACCAGAGAACUUCUUCGAACCAUCCAUUGGAAUUCUAGUUGAAGGAAUCGACCUGACAAAUCAGUCUGGAUUGGCAUACAAGUUUCCAAUACCACUAGAUGUUGUGAGAUCAUUAGAUCCAUCUAUAUACAGAAAUGUGGAUUAUGAUUUCUGGCUCACUAUUAAACGAAAACAACAGUAUGUUGAUUUUACUGUAAGUGAAGGAAUGCAAUAUUUCAUUGGGGACAGAUGUCUUAUUUCUUUGAGUAUAUACAGUAAACCAUUGGUCGGCCACGUGCAGGAAGUAUCACCAAACCAUGGUCCAAUCACUGUGUUUAUUGAAGCAUUGGGAGGUCGACAUACAAUAUCUGUGAAGAACGUCAAGCCAUUAGAAACAUAUAGUAACGGUUGUAGAGCUGAUGCAUGGCCCUGUAAACAAAGAAGGAGAUCUCAUUCUGAUUGGAACUCCAGAAAUGGUGGAAGUCGAAGAUAUGGCUGCAGAUCAAAACAUUGGAGUGAUGCAGCACCAAUGCAUAGUGGAGAGAUUCAGUUUAAUCCAAAAUAUCACCUUGAAUUUGUUGCUCUUCAGCAGAAGAAGAUGAGAAAUGGUGGGUCUGGUUAUUCAGGAAAUGGUGUGCACCAGCAAAGGCCUAACCAUCCAAAUUUGGAAGAUGAUAUAUCAGAUCCAGCAAAAUCAUAUCCGGAAGAUUGUGUCAGCCCUCCUCAGUCGAAACUACAACACAGGGAGAAAAGUCAGUGGCAUUCAAAUCAAGUGAAUGAAUUGUCUCCCACUACCAUGUUUCAAAACAUGUCAAUCAACCAAAGUUUCAUAGAGGAAAACUGGACAGAAUGUAAUAACUCUGGUGAUUAUGCAGAGGGCACAAGUGAUAUAGAUACAUACAAUCAAGCAUGUGGAAGAAAUUGGAAUCAACAAAAUGUUUCACCAAAUGAAGAAUACCAAACUCAUCCUUAUUUUCAGCAACAUGAAAACAAAGAAAGUCGAAAAAUGUUUGAACAGGAAAUACCGUACAACAAAAACAACCUUAAUAACCAACAAAAUGUCUUGAAUGAAAGUGCCACCAAGUCUCACAGCCCUCAUAGCAGUGAUAGCUCCAACAGUGAAACGGAGAAUACUCGCCAUAAUCAGCAGAAUGCAGAAUCUUACCAAGCAUCUGGUGAUUACAACCAGUUAUCUGAACACCUUCCAUCAGCAAUUGAAGAAACUUAUAGUUCUGCUAAUAAUGUUGGUGAAACUUCUCAUUAUCCAAUAAUCCAACAUCCAUAUUUAUCACCUGAUCAACUUUGUCCCAUCAACCAACCAUACCCCCUGCCACAAAACAAUUAUGGUCCCGCUAUUCCACCACCACCACAUCAAUACAUGGCUACAAGUCCAAUACCAAGCUCCACCACAAACAUACAACCACGAUCCGGUUACCUUCCAUAUCAAGCAACCAUGACAGUGCUCGAUACUGAAGGCAAAGAAAUGGUUGUAACGGAUGACAAAAAUCCAUUUCAUUACUUCUUCAACCUUGGAUUAGAGUAUUAUCGUCAAAUUAGAAGCAACCAGCCAAUGAGUCCGGGGCCCGUGUUUUUAGCUCCUCCCACUCCCCCACCUUAUUCAUCUCCAGUUCAACCUGCACCAGUCAUGUUUCCUCAACCUGUGGCUUAUUUGCCCCCUAGUCCCACUGCCAGAUACAUGCCAACCCCAGUUCAACAACACCACAUGCAUGCUGGAGCAUGUAUGACUGUACCACAUUUUCAUGAAAUGAUGUCAAACAUGCAACCAUCAUAUCCACCAGGCAGAUUAGUUAUGCAUGUUCCACCUUCACAAACAUUUCAACAACAACAACAGCAUUCCCAGGGUGAAGGUGUUCCACUUGAUGGUUGUGAAGGUUUAGGUUUAGAUACACCAGCAAUCACAACUGCUUCACAUGUUAGCACAGGAGGUUCUAUAAAUCAUGAACCUACUUCAUUGGAAGCUUCUAUACCCCAUGAAGGUCUCACAUCAUCUUCAUCACCUACAUUAGGUCUUCCAAGCUUUUCUGGGACCAUGCAGCCUAUACCCAACCCAUACAUGCCAAGUUACCCUCCUCAACAUAAUAUUCAAGCAGGUUAUGGUCCAAGUGUUAUCAAUGCACCAGUUUAUGCAGCUCCUGCAACUUCAGUUCCUACUGCAAGACCUCAUUUUCCUGGUGCCUAAUUCUUUUUUUAAUUAAAUACGUUUUAGUUAAAGUGAAAUUUGUUUUACUUGCAUUUUCUGUUUAUAUACCUGUGUGUCCUAUUUAAGGCCAGCAGAUUUUACAAAUAUCGAAUAUGUUAAUACCAAACCGUUUUGUUUUUAUAUGUCUGACUUUUACUUAUUUCUGUUCCCUUUUUCUUAUAAUGUAUAUAUUAUCACUACAAUUUCUCUUUCUCUUCUGUAUUUACCAUCACUUAUUCUGUAGGGCUGUGUAAUAUUGCAGUUCCUGAUGUAAAUAAGUCUAACAGUAGACUUGUAAUCUUUUUGAAAGCUCCAUCAAAUGAAAUACAUUAAUUUUGCAAAUCGCUCUGCUAUGUUUUCGUUUUAUUCUUUCAGUUCUUUGCACAGAAAGUGCCCUCAUUUUGUUAUUAUCUUAUUUUUAAGAAAUCCUUUCACUACUUGAUAAAAUUUGUUUCUAACUUAAUUGUUCUAAAAUCUAAAUACCUUAAAACUAAAGACCCAUAGUCAAAUCAGAAUUAAAUUUACCGAAACAAUAAAUAAAAUUUAUUUC